AUGCUUCUUGUGUCUUCUAGAAAGAAAAGGAAAUUAGGGAGCUUCACCUUUUCGAUGCCACAAUUGCCUUUUGUGAUGUUAAAUCUUGUUGUUAAUUUCAAGACUACGCCUAGGAUUUUUACAACCUCCACGGAAAUUCUUUGGAGUGAGUUGGCAGAUUUCAAGAAAGACAACAUCACCACCUUAUGCCUUAAACUGGAAACUUCAAAAGGUGUUUCAUCAUCAUCAUCUUGUAUGUCGGCUGUCAGCCAAAUUCAUCUAACUGUAAUAUGUUGCAAUCGAUAUGUUAUUCUUUAUUUAUUGGCCCAGUAUUCACUAAGAACUUUUAUUCACAAAGAAACCUCAAUAGGCCCUCAUGUCUCAUUAAAUCUUAAUUUCGCUUGA